AUGGCAUUCAGUCUAGCCAACAUAGAUAAUCGUCUGUAUCGCAAGAUUAUCAGAAAAUCAAAGUACAUUGGGAGCGAUUGUGGCAAAUUUAGACCUAGGUAUAAAGUGGAAGGAGAUGACCAUCAUGAAGAGAAUGACUUAAAUGUGCCAAUUGUUGCAAACGAUAUGACAAAUCCACCAUUCCCUGGCCAAGAAAGAGAAAAGGUCCCAGACAGCUCAGCACCCCAGGAUGCAAGCACAGCUGUCUCUGACUUAUCUGAGGGUGAAUCCAGCCCUUGUUUAUCACCAACUCAAGAUGACAAGGAUUGCAAACCCGCCUCAUUGCAAAAUGAAACUGAACUUGCUGGACGAGGCCAUAGUGAAGUAGAGUGUGGUUUUCCUACUGGCAUGGAAACAUCCAAUUGCACAAAACAUAGCAGCCACAUCUGCCCUGUUUACACACCUGUGUUUCACAACAGAACUCUCUUUACUUCAGCUACAUCUACACAACACUCACCUCAGCAAGCAAAAAGCUCCUGCAUGGACAAUGCACUGCCAUGGCAGCCACUGCUUCUCACAGGAACUUUCCCAUCUGACAUGCAAGAACUGGUGCUUAAAGUAAGAGUUCAGAAUACAAAAGAAAAUGACUUCAUUGAAAUUGAACUGAACAGACACGAGCUGACUUACCCAGAGCUACUCAGAGUGAGCUGCUGUGAACUGGAUAUUAAUCCUAAACAAGUACAGACGAUCAGGAAGCUACCCAAUACACUGGUAAGAAAGGAUAAAGAUGUUGCCAGGCUUCAGGAUUAUCAAGAACUGGAAUUAGUUUUGGGGGGAAAGUAUCAGCCCUCUGCAGCAACACUGACAGAAAAACCUUGCUACAACAAUAAGGCAGCAAGCUUGACAUAUUGA